AUGCAGUGGACACUGAGUCCGCGUUUCGCAGGCACCAACCAUGCACCGAUCGCAGUGGUUAAUGGUGACUGCAGUUUGAAACCACUUAUUAUUAAUUCUGGCUUAGGGGAAACAGUUCUCUUGGAUGCUUCUCAGUCAUGGGAUCCCGAUGUUGGUAACACUUUGAAGUUUCGAUGGAUGCAGUAUGCGGAGCCGUCGUCGACUAGGUGGACCAUUCGCUACGCAGUCCCGAAGCUCCAAAUUGAAGAUGCAGGACCACAAGCACAACACAUGGGCAAGGUGGCGGUCAGAUUACCGUCCCAGGAUGACGGCUUUCUGUCCCCGUUGGAUUCCCGCAAGUUCGUUCCCUGGGGUCCUCUCACGUACCAUACUGUACUGGAGGUGAUGGAUGAUGACAUUUACCCGAUGCGAGCCUAUCGCAGGGUGUUGAUCAGGGUUGGCAUAUUUUGA